CUGGCCGCCUGCAGUUACCGCCGCUGGCCGCAGAGGGCGCUGCGCGCAUGGCAGGUCGGGCUCCGCGGCCUUCACAUCUUUUUGUCUGAGAACUGGAUCCCUCUGCCGCUCCACAGUGUGCGCGAUAGCCUCGGAGCUGCGUCCGUACCACACUGUCAAACCACUCCAAACGAAUACAGCCGCGACCAAAAGCAGUAAUUCAACACUUUCAGCCAUGGCGCUUCUAAUCUACCGGUAAAUCGGGCGUAUUUGGGACUGUUCGCUGGAACUUAGUCCAGGGCUUGUAUCGGGUUUGCUUUCUGUGUGCAUCAGUCUUUAUUAGCGAGCUGCCGCUCUCCUUUGCUACCAGCUAUUUCUUUAACUUUUUAAACACUCGGCUCGGCGAAUGACUGAGCGCCGGCGGAGUAUGGGAUCCUUGGUGUCUUAGGAAGCGACCGAAGUGGGGUUUAACCGUUUUUGCAUGCAAAAACCAUGGCAAAUUCGACGGGGAAAAAUCUACUAGAUCAGCGAAGGAAAGGACAGGCUUUCCUGGACGAGCUGCGGCAAUUUCACCAAAGCAGAGGGUCGCCGUUCAAGAAGAUUCCUAUCGUGGGUGGGAAAGAGCUGGACCUGAAUGCUCUCUAUAUCAGAGUCGUCUCUUUAGGUGGAUUUGCUAAGGUUUCUGACAAAAACCAAUGGGCCGAGCUAGGAGAGGAGUUUAACUUUCCCAAGAGUUGUUCCAACGCCGCAUUCGCUUUAAAACAGUACUACCUGCGAUAUCUGGAGAAGUAUGAGAAAGUCCACCAUUUCGGUGAGGACGAUGAAGAAACGCAGCCGGGGAAUCCCAAAGCCUCUCUUCCAGUCGGUGCAAUUCCAAGCUCUUACAACUACCAGCAACAUGUCGUAUCAGACUAUCUUCGCCAAAGUUAUGGACUGUCUUCGGAUUUUGUUCAGCCGUGCGACUACAACAAACUGGUGCUGUCUCUCCUCUCGAGCCUCCCCAAUGAAGUCGACUUCGCCGUCAACGUUUGCACUCUGCUUUCCAACGAGAGCAAACACGCCAUGCAGCUGGAAAAAGACCCCAAACUGGUCACGUUGCUGCUGGCCCACGCCGGCGUCUUCGAUGACUCACUAGGCAGCUUCUCUGGGGUGUUUGGGACAGACUGGAAGGAGAAAACAUCCCGAGAUUUUGUCAGGUUCUGGAAAGAGGUGGUGGAGGACGCUGAAGUCAGAGAGUUGAUCUGGGACAAGAGCAGUGCAACACAAGACGGUACGUCGUGUGAGGAGCGCUGGCCGAGCCUCUUCCACCCACCGCGGAACCCAGGUAUCAACGACGUAGAGGCCCAGCGGGUGCUGCAGGUCGCCGUCAUCCUGCGAAACCUCUCAUUCGAGGAGGUGAACGUCAAGCUGCUGGCGGCCAACCGAACGUGCCUGCGCUUCCUCCUGCUCUGCGCCCACUGUAACCUCAUCUCACUCCGACAGCUCGGACUAGACACGCUGGGCAACGUGGCUGCAGAGCUUCAGCUGGAUCCUGUAGACUUUCGGACGACGCACCUGAUCUUUCACACCAUCACCAAAUGCUUGAUGUCCAGGGACCGCUUCUUGAAAAUGCGAGCCAUGGAGAUCCUGGGUAACCUCAGCAAAGCGGACGAUAAUGGCGUGUUGAUCUGUGAGUAUGUGGACCAGGAGUCKUACAGGGAGGUGAUGAUGCUCCUCACUCUGCCGGACCUCUUGCUCCUCAUGGCCUCCCUGGAGGUGCUCUACCUGCUGGCCCAGCUGGGAGAGGUGCCCUGCAGCAAGAUCGCCUCAGUCGACCGCAGCAUAGACCUCUUAGUGCGGUUAGUCUCAGUGGACCUGCACACGUUCGGACCCGACGCCCUGACAGCGGUACGGUUGAUCGAGCAUCAAGCRAACUCCGACCAGGCGGCUGAGGUCCGACCGCAGCUGGUGGAGCAGGUUCCCGCCGCCGUGCAGGGAGCGCCGGCACCCGUAACGAGGGUCCCAGUCCAGUCCAGUCUACCACCUCCUGGCAUUGUUGAACUAGAUGGGGAGAAGUUCACGCUGCAGUGGCUAAACGCACACUUCGAGACAAACCCUGAGGGCUCCGUGUCUCGGUCAGAAAUGUACUCAGAGUACCUCACCACGUGCAGCAAAAUGGGCCGAAGCAACAUCCUGAACUCAACUGGCUUCCUCAAAUGUCUGCGGACCGUGUUCCCCAACCACUCGAUGAGACGACAGGAGGAGGCCAAAGUCAGCAGCCAGGUUCAGAUCCUCCUGGUGGGAAUACGGCGGCGGGCCAUCCCUCUCCCCAUCCAGUUGUACUACCAGCAGCAACAGCAGAACCCAGCAGCAGCUCCUGCACCUCCAGCGGCUCAGCACGAAGCCCCUGGAGACCCUCAGGCCCCGCCUCCAGGUGUACCUCCUGGACAUCCUAACCUGGGACCACAGUUGGUCCGAGUCCCGGGCCCCACCCACAACCCUGGGGUCGCCACCCCCUCUGUGGCCUUGACUUCACAGGAACCUCCUCACGCGAGCUACCAGACUGUUCCCCGUCAUCCGGUGCCACCUCAGGUGCUUCUGCAGUCGCCACCAAAUCCACUGGCGGCGCAGAUCCGACCCGGUCAAGUAGUCCAGAUUCCGCUGUCUGCCCCGGCCACCCAGAACCACCGCCCCCAGAACCCCUCCCCUCCACUGACGUCCCAGCAGCAGCACUCCCCCAUGCUCCCCACCGGGACGCCCGUCACACUGUUUCAGCCCGUACCACAAGGCCACAUCCUCACCGCCAGGGUACAAGGUGUGUGCCCUCCCAUUACCCAGCAUCCACCUCUGCUUCAGAACCCAGGCGGCGCUCCACAGGUAGAACCUCAAUGUGCCGUGGCUUCAGCCCCCUCCRUCCAGGUGGGUCAGGCGCCGAUUAAUGCAAGCGUGCCCAACUCCCAAGGGUCACGUGUCACGUUUCAGAAUAUCGCCCCCAAACCAGCAGCRAACCAGUCAGGUGGGCCGGCGGCCACGAUAGCUCCUCCCACCCAGCAGGCCCCGCAGCAAAGCGUGGUGAUAGUCAGUCCCAACCCUCAGCCCAACGCCGCCUACACCCCUGCCAUACACCAGAUCGUUCUCGCCAACCCCUCCACCAUCACUGGUGCCCAGACUGUCCAGGUAGCGGGGCAGCCUGGAGCUGCUCCCGGUCCCUGCUCCCCUCCUCCUCCUCCUCACUCCAACACCCAGGUCCAGUCUAGUCAAGCUGUCAGCCAUGCACUGUCCACCAAACGGCAUCAUCAUCAGCCACCGCCUCUACAAAUUAUAUCUCAAACUCCUCCACCUCAGUCUACCUCCACAGAGUCCAGCCUGAUCAAACAGCUGCUGCUUCCAAAGCGAGGGCCUUCCACACCAGGAGGAAAGUUAAUCCUCCCUGCUCCACAGGUGCCCCCUCCCAACAACACGAUAGCCCCCAGUCCACAGGUCAUCUACCAAGCAGGCUACAGCACCCAGAAUCCUCCUGCACAGCAUCCGCAGCUCAGCGUCCAGCUGCUUCCGGGCCAGCUCCCCGCCGCCGGUACGCCACCUCUGCAGACGGUCCAGCUGCUACCGGGACAGCUCAUCUCCACCAGCARUUCUGGGGCGACCGCCAUCAUCCAGGGGCCCACAGCCGCAGGGCAGGUCACGUUCACUGUCGUCCCCAACACGGGCUUCACCACCUCCACCGCUGCCGUCAGCCAAGGCGUCGUCGCUCCGGCUGUCCCCCAGCCUCCGUUUCCCACCGCAGCGAUCCAUCAUCACGUGCCAGCCGGCCCCCCUCCUCCAGCGGUCCCUCAUCACGUGCCAGCCGGCCCCCCGCCUCCACCGCCACUGCCAGCGCCCCUCAGAGGAGACAAGAUCAUUUGUCAAAAGGAGGAAGAAGCCAAGGAUGYCACGGGGCUGCACAUCCAUGAGAGGAAGAUAGAAGUGAUGGAGAACAACUCGUUGGCCGAGGGGGACUCCUCCAACGGCAAAACUAGUAACGGCGAUGUGGCGGCAGGCGCCAAGCUGCUAAACGGUCAGAAGUGCGUGGAGUCUAGUCUACCUCCAUACCACUCAGGGAACAGCCAGGGAGUACUCAACGGCCCGGUUCCAGAGAGUCCUAAUGCUAACGGGAAGCAGGCUCUCUCCCCUGGCCUCAACAGUCUUCUGGAGGGCAACCCCGACCCCAAAAAGACUCUGGUCAAUGGGGUGUGUGACUUUGAGCGGGAGGAGGGUGGUGGGAACUUUAACAAAAACAUUCCAAAUCACAUUGCUUCCAAACAACACUUGGGGAACGGAGAGGUGGGCUCCUCGGAAAAGAGCUUGGAGCUGUCUCUCCCCAGUCCUCCUCCUCCUCCUCCUCCUCAGCAGGACACUGCCAAAGCCCAGCAGGCCGAGCGCCUGGCCAACGGACCCCAGCCAGUAGGCCACCGGCCUUCCUCAGAAUUAACCAAUGGACCUUUGGGGCCAGGCCUCACCUCACCUGUGCUGAGGCAGCAGCUGAUCCCCAACUCCUCGCCCCMCUCCACUCUUACCUCCCAGAGUCCCGUCUCCUCUCCCACCAACGGAGUGGUCCCAGAGGCUCGAGGCCUUAAAAGGCCAGCUGAAAACGAGGACCGCGGUACRGCGGCCCCAUCGGGGAUCCCCAACAAAGUGGGCGUGCGGAUCAUCACCAUCAGCGACCCCAACAAUGCCGGCAGCAGCGCCACUAUGGUGGCGGUGCCAGCAGGAACGGACCCAAGCACAGUAGCCAAAGUAGCAAUAGAGAACGCCGCGCAGCAGAGGAACUACUCUCCCACGCUAGCAGCCGGCGCAACGCCGGCUGUAACCCCGUCCCCACCUCCCUCCUCCCAGCCUGCAGCGACAGGUAACCACAGCCCCCACCUCCCAGCACAGCCGAGCCCCGCGGCCUCGUCGGAGCCGAGCAGGAAAGCGGGGCAGAAUUUUCGGUGUCUGUGGCAGUCCUGCAAACGGUGGUUUGAAACGCCGUCUCAAGUGUUCUACCAUGCAGCAACUCAGCACGG